AUGAUUCCACCCAUGAGAGUUCAGCCAUGGAGGGAGUGCGUGCUUGCUGAGGGCGGGGCAAAGGUUGGAACACUUAUCUUCAUCUCUCUCUGUAGCGGCGUUGUAGAGGCGUCUCCUUUCACCCCUCUCUCCGAUUGCAUAAGAACCGCCGGAAAGUCACGUAUUUUAAGUUGGGUUAAGAAAUGUAGGUUUGGAGGGAGAACCGCCGGAAAGUCGCGUAUUUUAAGUUGGGUUAAGAAAUGUAGGUUUGGAGGGAGAACCGCCGGAAAGUCACGUAUUUUAAGUUGGGUUAAGAAAUGUAGGUUUGGAGGGAGAACCGCCGGAAAGUCACGUAUUUCUAUAAGUUGGGUUAAGAAAUGUAGGUUUGGAGGGAGAACCGCCGGAAAGUCACGUAUUUCUAUAAGUUGGGUUAAGAAAUGUAGGUUUGGAGGGAGAACCGCCGGAAAGUCACGUAUUUCGACAAGUUGGGUUAAGAAAUGUAGGUUUGGAGGGAGAACCGCCGGAAAGUCACGUAUUUCUAUAAGUUGGGUUAAGAAAUGUAGGUUUGGAGGGAGAACCGCCGGAAAGUCACGUAUUUCUAUAAGUUGGGUUAAGAAAUGUAGGUUUGGAGAGAGAACCGCCGGAAAGUCACGUAUUUCGACAAGUUGGGUUAAGAAAUGUUGGUUUGGAGGGAGAACCGCCGGAAAGUCACGUAUUUUAAGUUGGGUUAAGAAAUGUAGGUUUGGAGGGAGAACCACCGGAAAGUCGCGUAUUUUAAGUUGGGUUAAGAAAUGCAGGUUUGGAGGGAGAACCGCCGGAAAGUCGCGUAUUUUAAGUUGGGUUAAGAAAUGUAGGUUUGGAGGGAGAACCGCCGGAAAGUCGCGUAUUUUAAGUUGGGUUAAGAAAUGUAGGUUUGGAGGGAGAACCGCCGGAAAGUCGCGUAUUUCGACGAUAAGUUUGGGUUAAAAAAUGCAAGUUUGGAAGGGAAGAAGUUAAGCAAAGGAAGGAAGAAUGUUCAUAAGAGUAAGAAUAUUGCUUGUAAAAAAAUUGUGUAUAUAAUAAUUUAAAAAAAGGCAUAUUGGGUGUUAAGAAGCAAAACAAAGGAAGGUAAAAGAUGCAGAAGUGAUGUUUAUGGUUGGAAGUUUGGGUCACUAGUUAUAAAUAAAUGUCGUUAUGUUAGUUAAGGUAAAAAAUACAGAAAGACGCAGGGGAAAGCAGAAUAAAAGGAGAAGAACAAAGAUUAGAAAGAGAUGACGAAGAGGAUAAAAGAAGAAAGAUAAAAGUAGAAUAAAAGAAGAAAGAAAAGAAAAUGAUCAGAAAGAUAACCAAAAAAAAGCAAAAUAAAACACACACAAAAAACAAACACACACUUCCAAAAAAAAAAAAACAAGUCAAGGAACCACAAAAUAGCUCACAUCAAACAGGUAUUAUUUUCAUUACGUAAUAAGAUUAACACGAUGAUUGCACCUUUGAGAGAGUCCUUGGCUUAUAUCAGGCAGAAGAAUACUUGACUCGGAGUGACGUGAGGAGACAGGACUGAGUGACGUGAAGAGAGUGUGAUAGAGCGAGGGAAAGCGGAGGCAGAGGAGGUGAGAUGAUGUGAUAGAAGGAAUGAUAGCAAGGAAAGGAAGGGGAAAGAGAGAAGGUGACAAGAAGGAGACAAGACGAGGAUGUGAAGAGAAAGUGGCGGAGUGAGGGAAGGUGAUGGGAAGGUGUGCUAAGCGAAGGUGAAGUGAGAUGAUGUGAAAGAGUAAUAGCAAGGGAAGGAAAGAGAAGGACGUUAGGAAAGGCCUCUCGAUGAUGAUGAGGAGGAGGAGGAGGAGAAGGAGGAGGAGGAGGAGGCAAGCGUGCGUAGACAAUGUUUUGCGAGGAAGAAAAAGAAGAAAAACAAGAACAAAGAACAAAAGAAAAAGAGGAAGAACAAAAUAAAGAAGAACAACAAGGCCAGAGAGAGAGAGAGAGAGAGAGAGAGAGAGAGAGAGAGAGAGAGAGAGAGAGA